GCGGCGCGCUGGCGUCGGCUUGUGUUCCGCACGGCUUUGUUUUUAUGGGCACACAUACCGAGCCGCCAUACGCGCUCAGCAGGCAGAGCCAGGGACGCUAUGUCCGAGACCGGGUCACAAGACCUCACCGUCUCCUCCUCCGCCGCCGUCACUCACCUCCCGUCUGGCCCUCUGCUUCCCCGCCCUCAGUAGACUAAGCGGACGGAGCGGGGGAUCAUGAGGUGAAGCAGCGGCGCUGCUACAGGACCCGCGGCCGAAGCCCUUCACCGACGCUCAGCGGAAGACCUCCCGUCCCGGCCAGCGGGACGCGCCGUUCCCGGGGCGGAAAGGAGACAAGUCGCGGCGACCGGUCGGUCACCGGGAGAGCUAACACACGCCGCGGUGUGCGGACGAGGAGCGGUCUUUGCUGCUAUCGAGCCACCGGGUCCGGCAUGCUAGCAUGGAGGCUAGCAGCUAGCUCCACAACACCGCUGGAGUUUCCCGGGUUGGAUACCAGCAGGUCGUUAGUGGUGCCGGCUGCUGUGUGUCUGUCUGUCUGUUAAUGUACUUGUCCAAUGUCUGUGCUGUGGGCCUCCUGCUAGGACAACGGUGGCUCUCCAAUGACCUGCCAGUCAUCUGAGUCCACAGAAAACAUCGAGAAUGAGAGGCAGGCCAACAGUAAUUCCAGGGUUGUGGAAACGGAGGAGAGUCGCAUUGCAUUAGCUAUGAAAGACUUGAAAAAUACAGGCUGGUACUGGGGCAGCCUGACUGCCAACGAAGCCAAAGAGAUUCUGCAGGAUGCUUCUGAGGGCACCUUCCUUGUCCGGGACAGCUCUCAGAGGGACUACCUGUUCACUAUCUCGGCCAUGACCUCUGCAGGCCCCACCAAUCUGCGCAUUGAGUACAAAGAUGGUAAGUUCAAGCUGGACUCGGUUGUACUGUUAAAACCCAGGCUCAAGCAGUUUGACAGUGUGGUCCAUCUAGUGGAACACUACGUUCAGCUGUCCAGGACCACCAGUAAAGGGGCUUCAAACUCGCAGCCCUCAGCGUCUCCCAAUGGGACAGUCCAGCUGCUCCUUACCAAGCCUGUGUACACUGCCACACCUUCUCUCCAGCACCUCUGUCGCAUCGCCAUCAACCAGGCCACCAGGCAAGUGCAGGAUCUGCCCUUACCAAACAGGAUGAAGGACUAUCUGACGGACUAUACCUACAACGUGUAGGAAUUAUGGAGGAGCGCGGGGCUAAACGUUAACCAUGGAGCAAUAAGAGUGCAGUGUGACAUGUCCAUGGGACCACUAGUGAUCCUCUUGACACCCCAGACCUCAAUACUAGCCAUCGUUUUGACAUCUCCUCAGAGAAUCUCGUGAGGCUGGCGUUAAUGGGUGUUCAGGAAUGCAGUAUUUACACCACUUAACAUUUAGGUGGUUCAUGUAGGCUGUGUAAGGGAACAUAAUGCGUCGAGUUAUUAUAGCGUUGGCGAUCCAGGUCGGUGUCACGACUCGGCACAUCUACUCCACAGAAGCCGGUUCGUUUUUUUUUUGUUGAGGAGGUUUGUACGAUACAGUUUCCUGGUGAGGUGUUGGUUUUACAGCAGGUUACUCAGGUUAACAAGGUCGUACCUCUGUGAGGGGUCGGCUCUUGCUCACCUUUGUCCAUGUUUUGAUGCUAAUAUUGUUGCUUUACGAUUGUCGAGCUGCCUCUCAUGUCUGAGACAUGAACAUCUGUCACUGUGUUGAUUUAAUUCCUGAAUGUUUUUAUUUUUCUAUUAUUUGGUAUUUUUCCCGUAGGCUAAUUAUUGAAGGGAAGCGGUGCUUUAUUUUCAUUCAGCGAUAAUUGUUUGGUUAUAAUGUGCAAAGGAUAUACAAUAAGCUUUAGGCCUUAACCGUCAUGUUAUCUCUCCUUCAUGCUUUCGCAGGAAAUAUGAAAAACAAAAUGAGUGAUUUUCAGAUUUUUACCCAGCUACGACACAUAAUACCUUUGAACCGUAUGAUAAUUGUGCAGCGUCUCUGCCAUGUGGUGUAUCGAGUGUACAGGUCACACAUCCACUUGACACAUCCACAUGACAUCCACAUAACAUCCACAUGACACGUCUACAUGACACAUCCACAUUACACAUCCACAUAACAUCCACAUGACACAUCCACAUAACACGUCCACAUGACACAGGCACAUGAGACAUCCACAUAACACAGGCACAUAACACAUCCACAUGACACAUCCACAUGACACAGCCACAUAACACGUCCACAUGACAUGUCCACAUAACACAUCCACAUGACACAUCCACAUAACACAUCCACGGCUGUGAUAAAACUCAACCACUGUCAACUUUUGAGUUUGCGGGAAAAUGUCGCUUUGGGAAAUGGAGCCGCUCUCGGCCCGGUUGAUUUUUUUUUAAAAAUAUUUAUUGUGUCACAAAUUUUCCUGACGUUUGUCAAAGUAAAGCUGUAUAAAAUAAUUGAAACCACACAUUAUCUUUACGGUUAGAUUAAAGAUAACCAGUCUCCCUUCACGGUGCUCGGCAGGAAGUGAAUGUACCGUAGCUCUUGUUAUCAGUAUAAAGAAUAAAAGCAGGUCUGGUUGAGUUCCACUGAUGAGAAAAGUAAAACUUUUAUACAGUGCUUGAUUGUGUAAAUUGGUUUUCUGAAGAAAAAUAAAACAAAUGUGG